AUGUUGACUCGUCCGGUCGCUCGUGGUUUUUCUGCGCCUUUACCAAGGCAGUUCAGAGGCCUCGUUGCUCGAGGUAACCUCAGGCCUUUCGCAACACCGGCGGCAGCACCCCCGUCACCAAAUGACCCUUUCGCCAAUGGAACAAACUCUUACUAUGCCGACGAGAUGUACCGGCUCUGGAAGCAGGACCCAAAGUCGGUGCACGCGUCCUGGGAUGUCUACUUUUCCGGUAUGGAGAAGGGCUUGCCCAGCCACAAGGCCUUUACCCCGCCCCCAAGUCAUUUCCCUCAUCCCACCGACGGUGCACCUCCUCUUCACAUCAGUGCCAGCGGAACUGAGCUCGACUUGCAUUUGAAGGUUCAAUUGCUCGUUCGUGCCUACCAAGUUCGUGGCCACCAUGUUGCAGAGCUCGACCCUCUCGGUAUCCUCGACGCCGACCUCGCAGACGUCAAGCCCCCAGAGCUCGAGUUGAGCCGUUAUGGCUUCACCGAACGUGAUUUGGACAAGGAGGUUACCUUGGGUCCCGGUAUCCUCCCCCACUUCGCUACAGAAGAACACAAAACGAUGAAGCUUCGUGACAUUAUCAAGUUGUGCAAACGGAUCUACUGUGGAGCCGUCGGUAUCCAAUAUGUGCACAUUCCUGACAAGGAGCAGUGCGACUGGAUUCGAGCCCGCGUUGAAGUUCCCAAACCCUGGAACUACACCGUCGACGAAAAACGCAUGAUCCUUGAUCGUCUCAUCUGGUCAGAGUCCUUCGAAAAGUUCAUGGCCAGCAAGUAUCCCAACGAAAAGCGUUUCGGUCUCGAAGGAUGCGAAGCUCUCAUUCCCGGUAUGAAGGCCCUCAUCGACCGCUCCGUUGACCACGGUGUCAAGCAUAUCACCAUCGGUAUGCCCCAUCGUGGUCGCUUGAACGUUCUCGCCAACGUCGUACGGAAACCUAUCGAAGCCAUUCUCAACGAGUUCUCCGGUGAUGAGGACGACAACUGGCCGGCUGGUGAUGUCAAGUACCAUCUUGGCGCCAACUACGUCAGACCCACGCCUUCCGGAAAAAAGGUCUCCCUAUCCCUCGUCGCCAAUCCUUCCCACCUGGAAGCAGCUGACCCCGUCGUCCUCGGCAAGACUCGCGCUAUCCAGCACUUUGAGAACGAUGAGACCACACACAAGACCGCCAUGGGCGUCCUUCUCCAUGGAGACGCCGCCUUUGCUGGUCAGGGUGUCGUUUACGAGACUAUGGGUCUUCACAACCUCCCCAGCUACGGCACUGGAGGUACCAUCCACCUCAUCGUGAACAACCAAAUCGGUUUCACGACGGACCCGCGUUUCUCUCGCUCCACUCCGUAUCCCUCCGACAUCGCCAAAUCCAUCGACGCACCCAUCUUCCACGUUAACGGUGACAAUAUUGAGGCCGUUAACUUUGUGUGCCAGCUCGCCGCCGAUUAUCGCGCCAAGUGGAAGAAGGAUGUGGUCAUCGACAUCGUGUGCUACCGCCGAUAUGGUCACAACGAGACGGAUCAACCCAGCUUCACCCAGCCGAGGAUGUACGAAGCCAUCAAGAAGCAACCGACCCCGCUUACGCAAUACGCCAAGUUUUUGGUCAACCGGGGUACCUUCACUGAACGCGACAUCGAGGAGCACAAGAAGUGGGUGUGGGGUAUGCUCGAGAAGGCUGCCGCUGCCAGCAAGGAUUAUGUUCCUACCUCCAAGGAGUGGCUGUCGGCUGCCUGGCAGGGCUUCCCGUCACCCAAACAGCUCGCUGAGAAGACCCUCCCCACCCGUCCCACUGGCUCGGACGAGGAGACCCUCAAGCGCAUUGGCAAGGUCAUCUCCAGCUUCCCCACCGGCUUCACCCCCCACCGCAACCUCGCUCGUAUCCUCGGUGGCCGCAGCAAGGCCGUCGAGGAGGGCACCGGCAUCGACUGGGCUACCGCUGAAGCCCUCGCCUUUGGUUCCCUCGCCCUCGAAAAGAUCCACGUCCGUGUAUCCGGUCAGGACGUCGAGCGUGGUACCUUCUCUCAACGCCAUGCUGUGAUCCACGAUCAAGUCAACGAGCAGCAAUACGUUCCUCUCAACAACCUCGGAUCCAGCCAGGCCAAGUUUGUCGUGUGCAACUCUUCGCUGAGCGAGUUUGGUGCCCUCGGUUUCGAGCUCGGUUACUCCCUCGUUUCUCCCGACGCGUUGACGAUCUGGGAGGCUCAGUUCGGUGAUUUCGCCAACAACGCCCAAUGUAUCAUUGAUCAGUUCAUCGCUGCCGGUGAGAGGAAGUGGUUGCAGCGUACCGGGUUGGUCGUCAACCUCCCUCACGGUUACGACGGACAGGGACCUGAGCACUCUUCGGGCCGUAUCGAGCGAUUCCUCCAACUCUGCGACGACCACCCCAACCAGUUCCCUUCACCCGAGAAGAUCGAGAGGCAGCACCAGGACUGCAACAUGCAGGUUGUGUACCCCACGACGCCCGCCAACUACUUCCAUGUCUUGCGUCGCCAGAUCCACCGUGACUUUAGGAAACCCCUCAUCGUGUUCUUCAGCAAGAGCUUGUUGAGGCAUCCUAGAGCCAAGAGUGAUCUUUCCGAGUUUGUUGGUGAAACGAAUUUCCAGAGGUAUAUCCCUGAGCCGUUUGAGGAAGGCUUGGUUGCGCCUGAGGAGAUCAAGAGGCAUAUUCUUUGCACUGGUCAAGUGUAUCAUACCCUUUUGCAAGCUAGGGAGGAGCGUGGUAUCAAGGAUGUUGCUAUCAGCCGUAUUGAGCAGAUCUCGCCGUUCCCUUACGACAUGAUCACCCCCCACCUCGACAAAUACCCCAAUGCCGGUUUGAUGUGGUGUCAAGAAGAACCCCUCAACAACGGUGCCUGGAGCUAUGUUGGACCACGCAUCUAUACCGCUGCUGGCCAGACGCAGCACCACAAGGGUAAAUACCCGCUGUAUGCUGGACGGGAGCCUACGAGUUCGGUUGCGACUGGAAGUAAGAUGCAGCAUAAGAAGGAGAUCGAGGCGUUUGUGAAUGCUGCUUUCAACCUUGAUUAGAGAGUGGGUGGAUGGAUGAUGUGGAGUGUAGACCAUGGACUCUUCAGUUGAUGGUGUGUUGGAUGGGCUUUUCUCUCUUGUUCUUCGUGCAUGUGUGUAAGUAGUAGAAAAAUGGUUUUUGUCGUCGUUCGUUGUUUGGAUUUUUUUUCCGUUCAUCGCCUAAUUGAAUUCUCUGACUCGUACCUACCUACCUAGCUACUACAUACGUAUCCGACCCUCUCCUCUAUCCUUUUAUUAGAUACGACUGUAAUACGAACGCUUCGGAU